UCCUCACCCAUCGCCUCCUCGUCACAACGACAGCCUCAACUCCACACCUUCCGGAGAGCGGAGAGCAGAGAGCAGAGAGCAAAUAGAUAGAUGGUGAAUUUUACCUUCUCUCUGCCGAUCGCCACCACCUUUCCAAGCUCCAACGCAUUCCACCUUCGAUCUAGAGGCAGGUGGUGGAAUCCAAAGGUUUCGAUCCGGCCUCCGCCGCCCGGCUUCGACUACAAGUCGGAGGUCCUGGAGGAUUCUCGAUCGGCGGUGGCGGCGACGCACCGGGAGCUGAUCGAUCUGGUGGAGAGCGGCUCCUUGGUCGUGAUCGAGAAGAGGCGCUUCGGUCCGGUCCCGAGCUGGAGGAGGGAAUUCGUGGAGCCUGAAGCCAUCUGGCUGAUCGGCACGUCUCACAUAUCGGAGGAGUCUGCUGUGAAUGUGGAGCGACUCGUCAGGGCGAUAAAACCGGACAAUGUGGUGGUGGAGCUCUGUAGAAGCAGAAUUCACUUUCAGGGCUGGAAUUAUGUACACUUCCAAUAAUGCUGAGAAUGCCCCACUCCUAAAAUCUAAUAUGUUCUCCUUAAGUGGCGCUAAAUUUUUUGGAGCUGUCAAUCGUAGCAUAAACUUGGGAGGACAAAGUGCUCUUGCAUUACGCUUGCUCUUAGCAGUUUUCUCUUCCAAGAUUUCUUCUGGUGUCAAUCGAACUUUUGGAGAUGAGUUUCGAGCUGCUCGAAAAGUUUCUGAAGAGGUUGGAGCUCAAAUUGUUUUGGGAGAUCGGCCAAUUGAAAUAACUCUUGAAAGGGCAUGGAGUUCUCUCAUGUGGCGUGAAAAACUGAGAUUGGUGAUCUCACUUUUUCAAGGCAUAACUUUUCCAUCCUCUGAGCUGCCAGAGAAUAAUCUGAAGGAUCAAGAUAUGGAUGGCAGCCCAUUUAAGCUUUACGAACAGCUGAGCAUGUCAUAUCCUUCAUUGCUGCAGCCUCUCAUGAAUGAGCGUGAUACGUAUUUAGCAUGGUCUCUGAAGAGGAGCAAAGCUGUGAACAGGAGCAAGACUGUAGUUGGUGUUAUUGGAAAAGGACACAUGAAUGGGGUGGUCUAUGCAUUGAUAUCUGAUCAGGGGAACUUGCGGUUUCGUGAUCUUGUCGGUAGGACCUCGGUUGGCGGCUCCAACGGCUGGCUUAGUACUGUACUCAUGAGUCUAGUUAGGGAUACCAUUUUAGGCUUUAUCUUGUGGGCUGUGUAUGAGCAGCUGAAGACUGUUCUGUAGUACUAAUAAACACCACACCUUCACUAGAAACAAUUUGGUACAAGGGUAAUUGUAUAUGAAGCUUUGUUUGUUGGUUGGUAACUGAGCUUUUUUUUAUCUUGGGAUAGUGCCUCUCAGUUUUCCUCAUAAGACAAAGAACUAAUGGCCGACCAUUCCUUUUAAUUUGCAAAGAAUGGAAUACUGUUUUCAGUUGCUUA